CUGAGAGAGAGGCCAGCAGCAGUGCACUAAAUGAGGGAGGGGUGCAUGAAGAGCACACAGCGAGAGGCAGAUUUAAUACAGGGAGAGGGGGACUCCAGACUGGAUGGGCCCAGCGGUGCCUUGAUGGAGCAUGGGUCAGGUUUUAGGGUUCUCCCACUGCAAGGAAUUUGGCACAGUGAACUCAACACCUGACUCCACUCCUCCUUGCUCAGAUGGUGGAAAUGAGGAGUCUGACUUCCCCGAGCUGCAGACGGCCCGAGAAUGGUCAGACGAGGAUGAUGAAGGCCUGGAGGAUGACGAUGCAUGUCUCAGCAGCUCAUCUGUAUGGGGGACGCCACGUCAGAACUCAUUUGAGCUCACCUUCUCCUACAUUGCCUUCUCAGAGAGCGAUGGCACAUCACGGAGAGACUCAGGGCGGCGCAGGACUGGGCCGAGGAGCGGCCGCGGGUCACUGCACCGCACGGAUACUCUGGAGACACAGCCACCUCCAGACUCGCCCGCUGUCGAGUGGGACCCUCAUGCCUUCUUGACUCUAGACGGGGAGGGAGACGUGGAGGAGGAGAGCCAGAUGUGGACUGUAGAGACACAGAGUCUGGAGACGCUUCAGGAUAAAGACACAGGGACUUGGGACACAGCGGAGAAGAUCUCAGGCAUCCAAAGUUACAACUUAACAUGCAGUCAUCAAGAAGAGCAAAUAACAGUACCGCAGCUUCCCGCAUCAGACCCUGCUGUUGCCACGGAAACCACAGCCACUCUGCAGACGGCGGAAGCGUCACACACAAUGCCUCCUUCCGUUGGUCCAAACACUCAGGAAGAGCAGACCUGCAAGCAGUGGUUCUCGAGUCUCAGCCUAUCAGAGGGACCAACCAUUCACAUCCAGAUAGCAGUAAUGGACCUGGUCUACUGGAAGGACAUGGAGCGGACGGGGAUGGUGUUGACGGGGCUGGUGGUGGCGCUGCUGUCUUUGUUUCAGCUGAGCAUCAUCACUGUGGUGUCCACUCUCUCGCUGGCCAUCCUGUGCUUCACCAUUUCGGUCAGAAUCUACUAUAAACUGCUGCACGUGCUCCAGCUGGGAGAUGGAGUUCAUCCCUUCCAGUCAUAUCUAGACCUGGACAUCAGUUUAAGUGGGGAAGAGGCUGAGCACUGUCUACAGAGAGCCAUUGUGUUGUCCUGCUCCGCUCUGGAAACCCUGAGGAACCUCAUCUUUGUAGGAAACCUGUUCAGCUCACUCAAGUUCUGGCUGCUGAUGUAUGUGGUCACGUUUCUGGGGAACCUCUGCAAUGGCCUUACCUUGAUCAUCAUCGGUGUGAUUGCAGUCUUCUCUGUCCCUUUGUUUUACACCCGUCACCAGGAUAAAGUGGACAGCUGCAUUGUAGCAGUUCAAGCCCAAAUUGACAACAUCAAGGACUUCUUUUAUCGCCUGACCCAGGGUGGCGGACCACCUCCAGAUCCCACCCCUGGUGGAGCUAAACCCAAAGCCCAUUGAGACAAACCACACAGAAGAGGAGGAGCCAUGCGCUGUCACUCAAAAAUGUCUUAAUUCGCAGUCUGUGCUCAGAGUCCCACCCCUGCAGCAGUAAGGGAGGGGUUUAUGACACACGGCCUUAUAUGGGAGGAAAUACGUAUUUAAUGGAGGACAAUCUGCUUCUAUGGCUUUGGAAUUUGAAUAAGUGAAAGACAUGUUUUCAUUUACACACUUCAGUGUCAGUAUGAGUGUAUGAAUGAAACACAGACCAAGAUACUCAAUAAUGGUCCCUGUAUGGCAAGCUGUUUUAACAUUUCAUCUGUAAAA